CCUCUCCUUCUCUCCCUGCGCCCGGCCGACGCUCUCGACCAAUCGGCGGCCAUCUUUUGCUCCCCCGAGAGGAGAGCGACAGUGCGUACUCUCAUCAAGUCAUCACACGGAGACGACAUCUCACUGAGUGAGGUUGUCGCUCGCGCAAGAUGCGCUGCGGACGCAAAACGUAACAAUAUUAUAUUCCAAUAAGUGCCUUUCAAGUUUUUAAUUCUAAUAGUGUUUUUAAGACUGUAAAUCUGUGCUCAAAUAUUUAUUUAAGUGUUUUUGUGGACUGAGACGUUGGUGAAAUUGGACUUUUUGAAUUUCGGCGUGUACUGAUACCGCGAAAUUAUCCACGAUUGGGCGUCGUCGCGGUCGCAGUUCGCGGGCCAUGCAGGGAGCGGCCAGCGCGCCCGCGGCGCCAGCGGCCGAACCGCCCCCAUCCCAACAAAUCAAAACAGAAGAAGUCAUCAGGGAGGCGAAGAUCGAGGCGAACGAGAUGGAAGAUAUGAGGGCGGACAAACAGGAACCUAGAGUGACAAGGACAACAAGCAUCGACAGCGACAACCGCUCAGACAGGAGCGAGGAGGAGGACUCUAGAAGAGCACGCAAACGGGCAGCGUCCACAUCGCCAUCCCCGAUGCCUCUCGAUAAAAGAUUCGCGCGAUUCGAGUGCCCUAAAUGCGGCCAACACUUCGAGUCCGGCAACGCCUGCGAUCUCCACCGCUUCACCGUCCACGGAGACGAAACGCGCGGCUUCAACGAUCUCACUUUCGUAGAUUUCUCCAGCAAAAAGUUCCCCGAAAUAGCUCGAGGCGUCUGCGAGCGAAACCCUCAUAUUUCCAUCACGGAACAGAGGUACCGAUGCGAGAUGUGCUCUAGAGACUUCCCGUGCAGGCAGGCCUUGGAUAUACACAGGAAAACCUGUGCUGAUUCCGUCAGUGUGCAGAGCCCGGAACGCAUAGACCGUAGAGAAGACUUCUUUGCCAAACUCGACUUGAGAAACCGAUACGGUAUUCCCGGCACAUUAACCCCUCCUAUGGAACGCUUCACGCCCAAAUUCGAAGAUUCUCACUACACAGGCAACGGCAUCCGUCACAUUGACGCCGCAAGAGACUUGGCCGAUAUCCAAUCCAUCUUAAACGUAACUUCAACUGGAAGUCUCUUAGAAAGACUUACCGGUACUAGAGUGCCUUUGGAAAGUUCAGCCUUAACCCCUCCGGAUACUGUCGGUAAAGAGAGAGAACAAGAGGAGACGCAAGACAACUUCGCUGCUGAAUUCAGGCGAAUGAAGCUCAGAGGUGAAUUCCCUUGUCGGUUAUGCCCAGCCAAGUUCCCUAAUCUUCGAGCUCUGAAAGGCCAUAAUAGAGUUCAUCUUAGUGGAACCGGACCCGGCCCGUAUCAGUGCAACAUGUGCCCUCACGCGUCUCUAGACAAAGCAGCUUUGGUAAGACACAUGAGAACACACAACGGUGACCGUCCUUACGAAUGUGCCGUCUGCAACUACGCCUUCACUACCAAAGCUAACUGCGAACGGCAUUUGAGGAAUCGUCAUGCCAAAGUCACUAGAGAAGACGUCAAGCGCUCAAUCAUCUACCACCCUUCAGAGGACCCUAAUAAUGAUGAGGUCAACUCCAAGCUAGCUCGUGAUGAAGUGAAGAGAUCUCUAGCUUUCCAAUCACCGCCUGAGGCCGACAGGCGCCCUGAACCCACCGGACGAGACACCCCUCUGUCUCAUUUCACGCCUAGUUUCAUCACUGAUAGGCACCCCGUCGCAUCGUUAACUCCAAAACCUUUAGUGGAACUACCUAUCAUACCUAGAGACCCUGAGCCUCCAGCGCCUAGGAUCAAAGUAAAAGGCAUCGGGCAGCUGAGGCAAAUACCCGAGUUCAGACCGCCAGAAUUCCCUAUUAAAACCAACGAUGAAGUUGAUAAUUAUGAUGAAGAGACGCCAGUGGAUCUCAGCACCAACGAUAAUUGUGACGUUCUUGAUCUCAGUAAGAAGAAGCGUGAUGUGGAAGAAGAAGUGGAACCUAAGAAUAACUCUCGACCGGCGUUUGAAGCUGAUCCCGCCGCAGUCGCCGCGUCCACUUACGAAAAGGCUCAAUUCCUUCUAGCUCAACAGAGACUCUUUGAAACCUCUCUCCCUAAAAUUGAUCCCUCAUACUACGCUACUCAGCUAUCGCAGCUGUACGCAUCCGUCCCUGGACUACCAGGCUUACCCGGCCUACCGCCGUCCUUUCCUAUCAACCCCUACUUUCUCCAACCAUCUUUUUUUCCCCACCCAUCUGAUUCCCAAGAGCUGGCGGAAAUAAAGCAGCGUAUCCAGAAGGAAAUAAUCCGUGGCUUGAGCAUGUCUGGUGGUAGACUCGUAACUAGUGAACAGGAACCUCAGCCUAAACUGGAACCGGAGGAAGAGGAGCCGACUAGGGAUAGUUCUCCAGUCCCGCCUCCCCGCCCUGAAUCUCCUCCUCGGCCGUUGAACAACCUCAUCCAGCAGAAUGACUCAGUCAAAAUGGUGAUCAAAAACGGCGUGCUAAUGCCUAAGCAGAAACAGCGGCGCUACCGCACGGAAAGACCGUUCUCAUGCUCGCAAUGUUCAGCUCGCUUCACUCUGCGCUCGAACAUGGAGCGCCACGUCAAACAGCAGCACCCUCAACACUGGAGCGUGCGGCGGCCGGCGCCAAGAGCGCCUCCGCCAUACCCAACAUCAGACUCUCUAGCUGACCGAGUUAAGUUCGCGCUUCUAGCUCGGCAUUUAGAGCGACCUAUUCAACAAGAUCGCUCACCAGUCCGUCGCGAUUCUGACGAAGUUGCUGAUAACGAGGAAGAUGAAGACGACACUCUAGUUAUAGAUGAGGAGCCUGAACCUGAAGUUAAAACUGAACAUCGAGCGGCUCAUUUAGUCGCCGAAGAAAUCUUAAUGGCUUCACGUCAACAGGAGUUACAUAAGGACUUUGAUCUCAAGAUUGCUGGGAACCUGAUCAACAAGCCGGUGCCUAUAGCGGAGAAGACUGAAGGUCAGGAGGUCCAGGCGCCGGUGGAGCCGCUGAUUGUGCCGGUGGUGCCAACCAGGAGUGAUGAGGAAGAAGAUGAGGAGGGCCUGGUGGCGUCGACUAGCGAGGGGAACAACUCCGGGAGUGAUGAAAACAAAUCCGACGCUGACAACGCUCAACCCCCCAAGAAGAAAUCCGCCUACAGCCUCGCACCAAACCGGGUAUCUUGCCCCUACUGCCACCGAAAGUUCCCCUGGUCAUCCUCCCUUCGUCGCCACGUCCUUACACACACGGGACAGAAGCCAUUCAAGUGCCCCCACUGUCCUCUACUCUUCACCACCAAAUCUAACUGUGACCGUCAUUUGCUGAGAAAACACGGAGGUUCAGCAAGAGCUAUACUAGCCGAGCCUAUACCUGAAGCAGUAUCACCUCCAAGCGAUGUCAGAACCGUGCCUGAGAGACCGUUCAAAUGCGCCUCAUGCCCUACAAGCACAUUCUCUUCUCUGGAAACUUUAAAAAAGCACAUGUCUUCGCGACAUGGUACUGGAGAAUCCCAACCAGUAUCCCCCAAUCCUGAAGAUGAAACUGCAAAUGGGGAGCUAGCCUUCAAAUGCCAUCUUUGUGAAGGGUCUUUCGGAGAUAGGGGAGGAGCGUUAAGACAUCUGGCGAGCGUGCAUAGCGCGGAGUAUGACCAGCUGGUCAGCAAGGGAGCGCUGGAUGCGGCUAGUGAUCGAAGUGAAAGUGCUGACGAUGAUGAGAAGGGGAAGUUCCCGGAUCAUGCUAAUAGAAAGGUUGUAUGCGCCUUCUGCGUGCGUCGUUUCUGGUCAGCCGAGGACCUGCGUCGCCACAUGCGUACUCAUUCUGGGGAACGGCCCUUCGCCUGCGACCUCUGUCGGCGACGCUUUACCCUGAAGCAUAGCAUGCUGCGGCAUAGGAAGAAGCAUCGGGAUGAGACUGAUGAUGAAGAGCCUACUCCGCCGGAUACCCCGCAGAAUGUUGGCAAUGGAUACAGCUACCACGACGACGAUGGUUCCGGCAACGAGAUCCCGAGCAACGUGAACAACAACAACUCUCCACCUUCGCACUAUGACAACAAGCUCAAGAUCCAAAUGACAUCCCGCAAAUACUCCUCAGAAACCGAAAAUGACACCGAAAAUGGCAGCGAUCUCAUCGGAAAACUACUAGGGAUCCCCGACAAGACCAUCAUCAACAAACUGCUCUCUUCCCCAGACGAAGCAGCGAAGUUCCUAGGAGUAAACAAAUGAGAGUACGCUAUAGUCUUCGUGAUGCCCGCCACUCUCGUACUGGCCCCGCGAGGACUAAAACUGCCGCUCCAAAUUCAAACGUCAACGAACGUUACAACGCCAUCUAGCAACGAGUAGACGCACUAGCGUAUUUUAUUCGCGUUAUAAAUUUUAUUGUGUGUGUUUCAAAUAUAUCGCUAUUCGAUAACUAGGUGCCUUUAGCUGCCUUAAAUUAUAUUGAAAGUGUAAACCGUCCUUUUCUGCCUUAAUUGUGGGUGUAACAACGAUUUAUUUAGUGCCAGUUAUAAAAGUACAUAAUUGUAUUUUUAUCUGUAAUUAUAAUUAGAUGUACAUUAAAUAUAGGGACUGAAUACUGUGUAGUAUCUUGAUAUUUAACUGUUAUAUUGAACAGCACGUUUCAGUUACUGGGUUUCGAGCUAUGAAACAGAAUUUAUUGCAUUUCCAUCUAGUCGCAUAAUUUCCCACUUUGGUCUUAUUUUCAUGCUUUUUUCGAACGUAGUGAAGUCCAGCCAAAAACUUGAAGCAAAUCCAAAAUUUCUAGUCAUUUACCUAAACAUUAUUCUUAUAUCGAACCUAAGCUAUGAUACCAAAAGCGAGUAAUUUUUAAAUUUCAUGUAAGUAAUGUAAGUCAGUUAUAAAAUAGACCUCAUAAUACCAACCAAUGAAUAGACCUAGAUUUUGAAUUAAGAACUUGUAAUUUCAUCUUUCCUAUUUCUUCAAAAAUGUUUUAAGUAGGUCUCAUCUUAGCGCACUUAUUAUUAAUCGUAAGUACUUAAAUGAAUGACAUUUUAUUUGCUCAAAAUCAGCAUUUCUUUACAGCGAAUUUUAGAUACUUCAUAGUUAUAAUUAUGGAUAAAUAUUGUAAGGUUAAUAUAAUAGAAUUCGAAUGCAAAUUAAGUUUAUGCUUGCAACCAAAGGUGGACAUUAGUUUACCAGAUUGGUAAGAAAUUUUAUUAAAUUUAUUUGUUAGUUUUUGAGAAACGUUUUGUUUUAUUUCUACAUGUCUAUCGGUGGGGCAAUAUAUUAAUAUUAAAGGGUUAAAAAUCCUAUAGAUUAGUCUUAGUUUAGUUUUGAGUCUCCUUCAGUGGAUUGACAAAUCAUACGCUAGAAUAUACCUAAGUCCAAUUGUGCUUUGUAUAUUUUGAAUUGCUAAUAAAAUACCAAAUAAAAUAUAUAUUAGGAUUUAAACUUAUUACUUAGAUGUUAAAUGUAUAUUAUGAGUAAUCCUAUGUUAUUUUCUCUAAAAUCUGAAUAUAAGCAAUAUAGUAAGUCACUGUACGUUUUUUUAGCGUUUUAAUUAGAUAUUCUUAAUUGAUACUUGUUUUAAAAUAAUAAUUAAUAAUAUAUCGUAUACCAAAGUAAGUUAAUUCUAAGUUGAUACAAAAAUCCUGCUUCAUGUCAAUUAUAGUUAGAAAAAAGAGAAUGUUCUCGAGAUAAUGUUGUGUAAUUAUUUAUUUAAAUUUAAAUUAUUUGCUACUUUUACUUAGGGCCAUGUGCAUGACUUUUUAUUUUUUGUGUCACCUUAUUCAUAAGUAUUGGUAGUUACUUAAUUAGAAAAUAAAAACUUAGGUUAGUUAAUAUUUAAGAGUGGCAACACCGCUUGGCCUUUCAAUCGUAGUAUUUGUGUGUAGUGUGUCGUUUUUAAUAAUUACUAUUAACUAUUAAUAAUGAAUAAUUAUAAAUUUAAAUAUAUAUCAAUACUGAAUAUGUGACUUAUAGUUCUUGAAUUUAAAUGUAGUAAAAUGUUUACUAUUCACUUUAUGCCUGUCUUUCUUUAAUGCAAUAUGGGUGUCGUUUUAAAAACGUUUUUGUGAAUUAAAUUUUGUGUAU